AUGGCAGACCCUAAUAAUGUCGCGCAGUACAAGUACUCGGCGAUGUCCAACCUGGUUCUCCAGGCGGAUCGCCGAUUUGUUACUCGCCGUGCUGAUGAGGUUACGGGUGACCCAGAGUCCCUGGCGGGCCGCCUCAGUAUCAAGGAUAUGGGUGUCCACGCGAUGCGUCCAGAAGUCAAGCAGAAGAAAGCAUCUGCCCCAAAAGACAUUGAGCGUGGAGGGAUAAGAGAAGGCGCCGACGUCUUGAAGCGGGAACAGCGCAAGAGGAAACGAGGAGAGCAGGCACAACUUCGUGGUGUGGGAAUAUUGUCCGCCGCGGAUGCCCUCAUCGAAGGCCUUAAAUACCGACCGCGAACGGCUGCAACCAGAGCUACAUAUGAUUUGAUAUUGACGACAACGGCGAGCCACCUGGGUGAUGUGCCGCACGAUGUCAUUCGAAGCGCCGCGGAUGCCAUCCUAGAACUCUUGAAGGAUGAGAACAUGAAGGAUUUCGAUAAGAAAAAAGAAGUGGACGAUCUUCUGGGUGUUACUAUGGGCCCGAAAGAAUUCAAUGAACUGGUAAAUCUUGGGAAGAAAAUUACAGACUAUGACGCUCAAGACGACGAUGAAACAAAUGGCGCUGGCGCAGAAGGCGAGGAUGGUGCCGAGCUAGAUGAACGUCAGGGUGUGGCUGUCGUAUUCGAUGAAUCUGAUGAAGAUGAAGAUGAAAUGCGGCCCGAUGCAGAAGUUAAAGAUGAAGGAGAGAGUAGUGAGGACGAAGAUAUGUCUGAUGAGGGACCACCCGACGAAGGUGAAGCUGCCCAGAAUAUACCCGAAGACGUCAUGGGCAUGGGGGAUGAGGAUAUGAUCAUUGACGCAGGAGCCGGAGUCGCCGCUGGAAAAUCUGACGCCGACACUAAAAUUGUGCCCGCACGCGAGAUCGAUGCAUACUGGCUACAACGACAGAUUGGAAAUAUUUACUCAGACGCUCAUGUACAACACGAGAAAGCUCAGGAAGCUUUUACUCUAAUGAGUGAGCAGUCAGAGGAUGGUACCCCAAAGCCAUUGAGAGACGUUGAAAAUGACCUGAUGGAACUAUUUGACUAUGACCAUCCAGAGCUUGUCGGAACCUUGGUCCUUAACCGUGAUAGAAUUGUUUGGACGACAAGGUGGCGAAGGGAAGCCGAAGAUAGUGAUGCCAGACGUCUCAUUGAAAACCAAAUGAUAGAAAGUGGGAACCGACUCCUCCUCGAUGAACUAACUGGCAAGGUCCAAGAUGCCACUGAGCGACCUGGGAAAAAGAUGAAAGUCGACUCAAUGGAUGUUGAUACUCCUAUGGCUAAAAAGGAGGAAGAGGAUGAGGCUAAACCAAGGACUAUGGUUGGUGGACUUCCUCCAUCGAAAGUCAUCAAUCUUGAGAAUUUGGUUUUUGACCAGGGUAAUCAUCUAAUGACCAAUCCCAAUGUUAAACUUCCUCAAGGCUCCACGAAGCGAACAUUCAAGGGCUACGAGGAGAUUCAUGUUCCGGCACCCAAACCCAGACGUGAUGACGACAUCAGGAGGAUACCAAUAACUGAGCUUCCAGAAUGGUCCCGGCCAGGUUUCGGCAACACCGACAAGUUGAACUUGAUUCAGUCAAAAUGUUUUCCCACAGCCUUUAAUGACGACGGUAACAUGCUGAUUUGCGCUCCCACUGGAUCUGGAAAAACUAAUGUGGCUAUGCUUACGAUGCUCCGUGAAAUUGGGAAAAAUAGAAACCCGGAAACUGGUGAAAUCAUGCUUGACGACUUCAAAAUCAUUUACAUAGCUCCAUUGAAAGCCCUGGUUCAAGAGCAAGUAGGGAAUUUUGGGAAACGUCUCCAACACUAUGGCAUCAAAGUUUCUGAGCUCACUGGUGACCGUCAAUUAACUAAACAGCAGAUAGCAGAUACCCAACUUAUUGUCACAACUCCAGAAAAGUGGGAUAUCAUAACAAGAAAAGCAACCGACACUAGCUAUACUCGCCUAGUUAGACUCGUCAUUAUCGAUGAAAUCCAUCUGCUUCACGAUGAGCGUGGUCCUGUACUGGAAAGCAUCGUCAGUCGAACUAUACGAAAGACAGAGCAAACUGGAGAACCCGUUCGCUUAGUCGGACUUAGUGCGACUCUUCCAAACUAUCGUGAUGUUGGCAGUUUUCUACGUGUUGACCCCAUCCACGGGCUGUUCCAUUUUGAUGGUACCUUUCGACCAUGCCCACUAAAGCAAGAAUUUAUCGGUGUUACGGACAAGAAGGCCAUUAAGCAAUUGAAAACAAUGAACGAUAUUUGCUACACCAAAGUCCUAGACCAAGUAGGUGCGAACAAAAACCAAAUGCUGAUAUUUGUCCAUUCACGAAAGGAAACCCUUAAAACAGCAAGGUAUAUCCGAGAUAAAGCAGUUGAGAUGGAAACUAUUGGGCAAAUUUUACGAAGCGAUGCUGCCAGCCGUGCUAUCUUGGCUGAAGAGGCUGACUCAGUGAAUGAUCCCGGACUGAAAGACCUGAUGCCAUACGGAUUUGGAAUCCAUCAUGCUGGGAUGAGCAAAGCGGAUCGGACAUCUGUUGAAGAUCUGUUUGCAGAUGGUAGUUUGCAAGUCCUUGUCUGUACCGCUACGCUUGCGUGGGGUGUCAAUUUACCCGCGCAUUGUGUUAUAAUUAAGGGAACUCAAGUCUACUCUCCUGAAAAAGGCAGCUGGGUAGAGCUUAGCCCCCAGGAUGUCCUUCAGAUGCUUGGGCGAGCAGGUCGGCCCCAGUACGACUCAUUUGGCGAGGGUAUAAUAAUCACCACACAGGCGGAGCUUCAGUAUUACUUGUCACUACUCAAUCAACAGUUACCCAUUGAAAGUCAGCUUAUGAGUAAGCUUGCCGACAAUCUCAAUGCUGAGAUCGUUCUAGGGAAUGUUCGGUCUCGUGAAGAAGGAGUGGAAUGGCUUGGCUACACCUAUUUGUUUGUCAGAAUGCUUCGUUCUCCUGGACUUUAUAGCAUCGGCGCCGAUUAUGAACACGACACCUCGCUUGAGCAGCGCCGUGUGGAUCUUAUUCACUCUGCGGCGAUGGUCCUGGAGAAAUCCAACCUUGUCAAGUACGACAGGAAAACAGGCAAACUCCAGGCUACUGAGCUCGGUCGCAUCGCAUCUCACUAUUAUAUCUCUCACAGCUCGAUGCUCACAUAUAACCAUCAUCUACAGCCCAUGAUUUCUACCAUUGAUUUAUUCCGAAUCUUCUCGCUGAGUGAGGAAUUCAAGUAUAUCCCUGUUCGACAAGACGAGAAGUUGGAAUUGGCAAAGUUGUUGAGCAGAGUCCCUAUUCCUGUCAAGGAGAGCAUUGAGGAACCGCACGCCAAAAUCAAUGUGUUGCUACAAGCUUAUAUUUCACGCCUAAAGCUAGAUGGGCUCGCUUUAAUGGCUGACAUGGUGUAUGUCACCCAAUCUGCCGGUCGAAUCCUCCGUGCUAUAUUCGAGAUUACUCUCCGGAAGGGUUGGUCCUCUGUUGCAAAAACAGCGCUGGAUCUUUGCAAAAUGGCUGAAAAGCGGAUGUGGCCAACCAUGACUCCCCUUCGCCAAUUCCCAAGCUGCCCUCGGGAUAUUAUGCAGAAGGCUGAACGGAUUGACGUCCCCUGGGCAAGCUACUUUGAUCUAGACCCACCACGAAUGGGUGAACUUCUAGGCAUUCCUAAAGCUGGACGUAUUGUAUGUGACCUUGUUUCAAAAUUCCCCCGCCUUGAGCUGCAGGCACAGGUACAGCCAAUGACUCGCUCGAUGCUCCGUGUUGAGUUGACUAUCACACCUAAUUUCACCUGGGAUGAUUCGCUGCACGGAAAUGCAGAAGCAUUCUGGAUUAUCGUCGAGGAUUGUGAUGGAGAAGACAUUCUCUUCUAUGACCAGUUUAUACUCAGGAAAGAGUAUGCAAUCUCGGAAAUGAACGAACAUCUCGUUGAAUUCACCGUUCCAAUCACCGAGCCCAUGCCACCCAACUAUUUCAUUACUCUACUUUCUGAUCGCUGGACACAUUCAGAAACCAAGGUUGCCGUUGCGUUCCAGAAAUUGAUUCUUCCCGAGAAAUUCCCUCCGCAUACUCCACUCUUGGAUAUGCAGCCUGUUCCUGUCAAAGCUUUGAGACGGGCAGAUUACCAGGGUCUAUAUCCCAACUGGGAGAAAUUUAAUAAAGUCCAAACCCAAGUAUUCAAAGCACUCUUUGAUUCAGACGACAAUGUAUUCGUUGGUGCCCCCGUGGGAAGCGGAAAGACAGUAUGCGCCGAAUUCGCCAUUCUUAGGCAUUGGUCCAAGGAAGAAUCGCGGAAGGCAGUAUAUAUCGCUCCAUUCCAGGAACUUGUGGAUCAAAAACUUGCUGAUUGGACCGCUCGCCUGACAAGUGUUGCUGGUGGUAAGUCAAUCCAGAAACUUACUGGAGAGACUACCGCCGACCUCAAGAUCCUUGAUCGGGCAGAUCUCGUACUUGCGACACCUAUACAGUGGGACGUCAUUUCUCGACAGUGGCAGAGACGCAAGAAUGUCCAAGCUGUCGAGCUCUUCAUUGCAGAUGAUCUGAACAUUCUUGGAGGGCAAGGAGGUUAUGUAUAUGAAGUCAUCGUUUCACGAAUGCAUUAUAUCUCCCUUCAAACCGAACAAGAACUGCGGAUAGUCGGGCUUAGCGUUCCGUUGGCAAACGCCCGCGACAUUGGAGAAUGGCUUGGAGCAAAGAAGCAUACCAUUUUCAAUUUUAGCCCUCAUGUCCGGCCGGUUCCUCUGGAACUGCAUAUUCAAUCUUUCACGAUACCCCAUUUCCCAUCCCUUAUGCUCGCUAUGGCGAAGCCUGCAUACCUAUCCAUUUUACAACUUUCACCUGACAAGCCGGCGUUGAUAUUCGUACCAAGUCGCAAGCAAGCUCGAUCGAGUGCUCUCGAUCUAUUCACUGCCUGUGUUGCUAGUGAGAAUGAAGACCGAUUCUUGCAUGCCGAUAUUGAUGAGAUAGCUCCUCUACUCGACCGGAUCGAGGAAAAAGCAUUGGCGGAAUCGAUAUCUCACGGUAUCGGUUAUUACCACGAGGCCUUGAGUACAAGCGAUAAACGAAUCGUUUCUCACCUCUACAAGAUUGGCGCUCUUCAGGUUAUGCUUGCUUCUCGGGAUGUAUGCUGGGAGCUUGACCUUACGGCUCAUCUCGUCAUCAUCAUGGGAACUCAAUCAUUUGACGGCCGCGAACACCGAUAUAUCGAUUACCCAAUUAGCGACAUUCUCCAGAUGUUUGGCAAAGCCACGCGACCUCGUGAAGAUAGGAUCGGCAAAGGUGUCCUGAUGGUUCCUGCUGUAAAGCGUGAAUAUUAUAAAAAAUUCCUCAACGAAGCACUGCCUAUGGAGAGUCAUCUGCAGCUUUAUCUUCAUGAUGCGUUUGUGACGGAAAUAAGCACGAAAACAAUCACGUCUACUCAAGAUGCUGUCGACUGGAUGACUUAUUCAUAUUUCUACAGACGACUUCUCGCCAACCCUAGUUAUUACGGUCUUACCGAUGUUAGCCAUGAGGGACUGAGUACUUUCUUAUCGGAACUUGUUGAGAAUACCCUUAAGGAGCUGGCUGAAGCACAAAUUGUUGACAUGGAUGAGGACGAAAACAUCUCUCCUCUGAACGCUGCCAUGAUUGGUGCCUAUUAUAACAUCUCCUUCAUCACUAUGCAGACCUUCCUUCUUUCGCUUUCUCCCAGAACGAAACUUAAGGGUAUGCUUGAAAUUGUGACUUCUGCUACAGAAUUCGAGUCCAUUCAAGUACGACGCCAUGAAGACUACAUUCUUCGCAGAGUUUACGAUCGAGUCCCUGUCAAAAUGGCCGAGCCUGCCUUUGACUCGCCACAUUUCAAAGCAUUUGUUCUUCUCCAAGCACAUUUUUCACGUCUCCAGCUACCAAUUGACCUUGCAAAGGACCAAGAAAUCAUCCUUGGCAAGGUUCUUAACCUCCUUAGUGCCUGCGUCGAUGUCCUUUCAUCUAAGGGCCAUCUGAAUGCCAUGAAUGCCAUGGAGAUGUCGCAGAUGGUUGUCCAGUCGAUGUGGGAUAGAGAUAGUCCGCUAAUGCAGAUUCCCCACUUCGGUCCAACUGCUAUUAAGGCUGCUAAUGAGUUCAAGUAUGUCCCUGUUAAUAUCUCACAAAUCAAAAUUUAUAGAAAUGCUAACAACAGUGCUAGGAUUCGUGACAUCUUUGAAUUUAUGGAGGCUAUGGACCCAUCGGAGAACAAAGACUACAGCACCCUUGUCAAGCGUCUCGGCCUUGACAACAAACAGCUCGCCCAGGCUGCUGCCUUUACCAACAACAAAUACCCGAACCUGGACCUCGACUUUACUGUCCUUGAACCAGAAGAGAUCACUGCUGGUGAACCAGCCUAUCUCAAGGUGAAGAUCGAGCGAGAGCUAGAUGAGGAUGAGGAACCGGAUACCACGGUAUCUGCUCCAUUCUAUCCUGCAAAGAAAAUGGAGAACUGGUGGCUAGUGGUUGGCGAGGAGAAAACGAACAGCUUACUCUCUCUCAAGAGGGUGACUGUUGGUCGGAAGUUGGAGAUGAAGCUUGAAUAUGUCGUGCCUAGCCCCGGAGAACAUGAGUUGACGCUCUACCUCAUGAGUGACAGCUAUGUCGGCGUGGACCAAGACCCUACCUUUAAGAUAACAGCUGCUGAGGGUAUGGAUGAGGAUGAAGACGAGGAAGAGGAAGAUGAGGAGUAG